ACCUCGAAUUUCGGGGGGCUGCCGGGGGAAGGGAGGAAGCAGAAGAAGAAGCGGAGAUGAAGGCGGUGGCCACUUCGCCGGGGGGAAGGUUCCUCAAGUUCGACAUCGAGUUGGGACGUGGAGCCUUCAAGACGGUCUUCAAGGGUUUCGACACCGAUACUUGGGUGGAGGUGGCUUGGUGUGAGCUCCAGGACCGCAAGUUGACCAAGGUGGAGCAACAACGGUUCAAGGAAGAAGCAGAGAUGCUGAAGGGGUUGCAGCACCCUAACAUCGUCCGCUUCUACGACUCUUGGGAGUCCACGGUCAAGGGCAAGAAGUGCAUUGUCCUCGUCACUGAACUGAUGACCUCCGGCACCCUCAAGACGUAUCUCAAGAGGUUCAAGGUGAUGAAGCCCAAGGUGUUACGGAGCUGGUGCCGGCAGAUCUUGAAGGGUCUCCACUUUCUCCACACCCGUACGCCACCCAUCAUUCACCGGGACCUCAAGUGUGACAACAUCUUCAUCACCGGCCCCACGGGUUCUGUCAAGAUCGGUGAUUUGGGUUUGGCCACCCUGAUGCGGACCUCCUUCGCCAAGAGCGUCAUCGGUACGCCGGAAUUUAUGGCACCGGAGAUGUACGAGGAACGUUACGAUGAGUCAGUGGACGUCUACGCCUUCGGGAUGUGCAUGUUGGAGAUGGGCACCUCUGAAUAUCCCUACUCCGAGUGCCAAAACGCUGCCCAGAUCUACCGCAAAGUCACCAGCGGUAUCAAGCCGGCCAGCUUUGACAAGGUGACGGACCUGGAGGUGAAGGAGAUCAUCGAAGGUUGCAUCCGGCAGAACAAGGCAGAGAGGCUUUCCAUCCGUGACCUGCUGAACCACGCUUUCUUCGCCGAGGACACGGGGUUACGCGUGGAGCUGGCAGAGGAUGACGGGGGGUUCGACUCUUCCUUGGCACUCCGGCUUUGGGUGGAGGACCCCAAGAAGUUGAAGGGGAAGCACAAGGACAACGAGGCCAUUGAGUUCAGCUUCAACCUGGAGGCCGAUGUCCCCGAGGAGGUGGCCUAUGAGAUGGUGAAAUCCGGCUUCUUCCAUGAAAGCGACUCCAAAGCCGUCGCCAAAUCCAUCCGAGACCGGUUGACAUUGGUGAGGAAGACACGGGAGAAGAAGCAAGCGGAAGGUCGGGGGCUCCCUGAAAAUGAGGAUACCGAGGUGGACCAACACGUCCGUCAGCAGCUGCUCCGGCAACAGCCCCUCACUGCUGCAGGCGAGGGGCUUUUGGAGAACGGUCCCAUCUCAGAUGCCACCAGCACCUGUUGUCUCACUGGGGCGCCUGAGCCCACACCACAGCUCCUUGGGUGCUACCAACGAGGGUCACCAGGACCCCCCCAAGAUGGGGCAUCCCCUACCUGUGGCCGUCCCAUCCCCUUGCAGGUGCCGGUCACCUACGGGGUGGAGGGCACAUCAACAGAUGUCACUGGAGGUGCCACCACAGCAGUGCCAGAGCCACCCGGCAUCGACGGGGAGCCGGGGGUCGGUGUGACGCAGAGCCGCGGGAUGUCAUCAGUGGUGGUCGCACGGCUGCAACCAGCUCCUGGGGCGCCGGGUCCAAUGAUGACAUCGGUGGUGCCCGGCAUGCAGCUGGCUCCGGGGAUGUCACCAGCUCCAGGGGUGCCACCACCAACUGGAAUGCCACCAGCUCCAGGAAUGCCACCAGCUCCAGGAAUGCCACCGCCAACUGGGAUGCCACCGCCAACUGGGAUGCCACCACCAACUGGGAUGCCACCAGCUCCAGCAAUGCCACCACCAGCUCCAGGGAUGCCACCAGCCCAAGGGAUGCCACCACAGCCAGUCCCCACCAUGCAGCCACAGCUGGUGCCAGGGAUGUCACCGGCUCCAGGGAUGCCACCACAACUGGUAGCCACCAUGCAGCCGCAGCUGGCUCCAGGGAUGCCACCAGCUCCAGGGAUGCCACCACCAGCUGGGAUGCCACCACAGCCAAUCCCCACCAUGCAGCCACAGCCAACCCCAGGGAUGCCACCAACAGUGGGAGUGUCACCUGCUCCAGGGAUGCCACCAACCGUGGCAAUGGCCCCAACCACAGGGAUGCCACCAGCUCCAGAGAUGCCACCAACCAUUGGGAUGCCACCAGCUGUGGGGAUGCCACUGCUACCUGGCUUGGCACCAGCUGCAGGGGUGCCACCAACCGUGGGGAUGCCACCUCCAUCUGGGAUGCCACCACUGUCUGGCAUGCCACCAGCCCAAGGGAUGCCACCAACCAUGGGGAUGUCACCGGCUCCGGUGAUGCCACCAACCAUGGGGAUGUCACCAGCUCCAGGGAUGUCACCAGCUCCAGUAAUGCCACCACCACCAUCCGGGAUGCCACCAACCAUGGGGAUGUCACCAGCUCCAGUGAUGCCACCACCAUCCGGGAUGCCACCACCAACAUCUGGGAUGCCACCAACCCAAGGGAUGCCACCACCACAGCUCCCCACCCUCCCAGCAGGUCCACAACCCGAAGACCUGUCCCUGCACGCCGAUCCCCCGCCGUCUGCCACCAACCCUUCAGAUCCGGUGCCCUUCCUCCGCGUCCCUGAGGCCACCACCGUCCCCGAACCUCCCGGUGCCAAACCCGACCGUGUCCGGCAACGCCGAGCCUCCUGCCCUCGCCCAGAGAGGGUUCCUCGCUUCCAACUGACCGUCCUCCAGGUCUCGUCCCCUGGGGACAACACAGUGGAGUGUCAGCUGGAGACCCACGACAGCAAGAUGGUGACCUUCAAGUUUGAUGCCGAUGGGGACGCUCCCGAGGACAUCGCCUGCUACAUGGUUGAGGACAACUUCGUGCUGGAGGGCGAGCGGGAGAAGUUCGUGGAAGAG